AUGGAUGAGGCCAUGUGGCAACGGACACAGAGACAAGGGACAGCUCUUAGCCAAGGGACACGCAGCGCUCCUCCGAAGCUGGAGGAGGACAGAGCGUCCUGCCCUCAGUCCCCCGGAGGGAGCAGGGCUCUGCGGACCCUUGACUUCGGACUCCGGCCUCCAGAAUGCGAGAGCGGAGGUUCCCGCUGCGUUGGCCACGCAGGCCCCGGUGCAGCCGCCGAGGACACCGACAAACACCAGCGGCCAGACAGGCAGGGCUCCUGGUCCCCGCCUCAGCUUCACGCGGGGGCCGAACGCCCCUACCACCCCAUCCCCCACACUGCGUAUCACCCGCAGUCCCAGAAGAGAUCCCCUGGAUUCGGGGACUCCACCCGCCCCAAGACCCCGCGUGCCAUCCUGAGCGGCCCUCGGGCGGCCCUGGGACGCUGGACACCCCGAGGGCAGUGGGAGCGGGGAGGAGGGGACACGGCCCUGGCGUCCCUUCCCCGGGGCGCUGUGGACACUGGGGGCGCGGCAUUCCCUGGGGCGGGGCCGCCCGCGCUGCGGGGUCCGAGCAGCGCCCUGCUCGGUGCCAGGCGCUCCGCUCCCCUGCACGACAGCCACCACGUCCCCAGACACGGCCCCGGGGGCCGGGGACAGGCCGAGUGGCCCCGGGCAGACCCCGCUCCCCACGACGUCCGGGCGUCCCUGCCCCGCUCCGCCGCCAGGAGCAAACAGCAGCGCGCGCCCCGGGGUCUCGCACGCGGGCUCCCUGCGGGGGACGGUUCUGGGAGCUGGGCGACCUUGCCCACGGUCCCGGCCGCCUCUCGGGAAGGCCGAGGCCCCGUGACCGGACCCCCGCCCGGACCCCCGCCCGGACCCCCGCCGGGACCCCCGCACACCUGGCGCCGGGCGCUGCGGGCCAGGAAAGCGGCUGCCCGGCCCCGGGGAGGGCGCAGGUGCCACGGGGCGCGCAGCGCUCGGACGCCACCGGCCCCCACCCCGGCCCUCCACGCAGACGCGGUCCCCACGCCAGCCCGGCCCGCUAACUCCCUCGGGCUGCGCCCCCUGCCCCGCCGGGUUAACUCACGCUGCGCCGCCCCCGCCGUGCGCCCAGGCGGACUCCGCAGUGCGCCUGCGCGGCACCCGGCUGGGAACUACAAGUCCCAGGAGCCGCGGGGGUGGCGCUGGGGUCCCCCGUCCCUCUGGGGGCAACGAGAGGACUCACAGCGCCCUCUGCGGGCGGGCGGUGUCUACGCAGGACGGAGAGGCUCCUUCGUGCCCCUGUGCGCAGCGGCAGACGCGUCCUGGACCGAGCCGGUCCCUAAAUGA